AUGAACGCUGACAGCAAAGCCGGCGCCUCGCGCUUUGACCCCAACUUCACACAGAAUGUCAUCAAUGCCAUGGGCCCCAAGACCUCCCCUCGCAUGCGCGAAAUCAUGACCAGCUUGACCAGACAUCUCCACGACUUUGCUCGAGAGGUUGAAUUGACAGUGGACGAGUGGGCUGAGGGUGUCCAAUUGAUCAAUUGGGCGGGCCAAAUGAGCAACGACAGAAGAAAUGAAGGUCAACUGGUGUGUGAUGUCGUCGGCUUGGAGACACUCGUGGAUGAAAUCACAUACAAGAAAGCUGCCGAAGCUGCCGACCUGGCCACCCAGAGCGCUAUUCUCGGACCCUUCUUCCAGACCGACCACACGAUUCGAAAGAAGGGCGACAGUAUCUCCACCAAUACUCCAGAGGAUGCCGAAGUGGUAUACCUGUACGGCCGGGUCGUGGAUGCGACCACUAAGAAACCGUUGGCCAAUGCUUCAGUUGAUGUUUGGGAGGCGUCCACGAAUGGAUUGUACGAGCAGCAGGACGAGAAUCAGCCCAAGUCGAACCUUUGCGGCAAGUUCUUCACGGAUGAAAACGGAGAGUACGGUUUCUACUGCCUGAGGCCGACCCCGUAUCCGAUUCCAUACGAUGGGCCAGCGGGCAAACUGCUGCAACUGCUCGACAGACAUCCGUACCGACCCGCACACAUCCAUUUCAUUGUAUUGGCCGAGGGCUACAAGCCCAUUACGACCCAAAUCUUCGACAAGGACAGCAAGUAUCUUGAUGAUGAUUCUGUCUUCGCGGUCAAGGAUUCUCUGAUCGUUGAAUUCGUGCCCCGGCAAGGCGACGAGAAGGCCAAGAAGGAACUGAAAUAUGACAUUUUGAUGGCGCCAUUGAGCGCCCAAUGA